AUAAUGCUGUCUUUAAUUCAAGUUUUCGUAAAGCACUUAAUAAGGGUGUCGAAAAAGGAAUGUUUGAAUUUGUUAAUGGUCCAAUGGGUACUAUCAAGCUCGUUAAAAAGGAAACUGACAAGAAAAGAGUUGAAAAACCUCGAGCUGCGUCUAAGGCUGAUGAAUCUUCUAAGAGAACUAAAAUGAAAGUUCCUAAAUCUAAGACCACGAAAAAGGCACCUACCGUAAAAGAUAAGAAAAGGGUUUCUAAAACUAGAGCUGUUAAAAAGCCUUCUAUUACGAAAACUCCUAAAAAGACUUCUACUGUUAGAAGGUCUUCGACAAGAACCACACGAACUAGAGGAGAAAAAAAUAAAAUCGUCUGA